AUGAAGGAUUUUAGACCAUCUGCCAGCAAGGGAUCGUUUCUAUCCGAACUAAAACCAUUCUCAAAAAGAGCAUCCCAACUGAUAGUGAACGUUCCAGUAGCGCAUUUAAGGAAAAUAAAAAAUACAGAAGGCGUUUCAUCGAUAACAAGAGAAUCUGAGCAUUUUUCCAAUACUACAACCUUACAUGGUCCCAAACGGAUAUAUCAUGGAAAACGGCUAUCAUUCGUAUUUUGGAUGAUUAUAAUGGUAGCUUCAAUGAUAAUGCUACUAACACAAGUAACCUCACUCAUAAACAUGUUUCUAUCUAAACCUACAGUAUCCCAGGUUUCGUUUCUUCUAAGUGAAGGUGGAAUGCAGUUUCCACGAGUUACUGUAUGCAGUUUCAACCCGAUCAAAAGAACAUUCGUGGAAGCACUCAAUAGUACCAAAGACCUUUCGGAUGAAUUGUUAGACUACUUGAUGAUGUUCAAUAGUGAUGCAAUGACGCUUUACGGAAGAUCUGAUGGACCAUCAUUGCAUUCUGGAGAUAAUUUAUACAAACAGUAUUUGACGACUCAUAAAAACUUUACUGCCGAUGGAUUCUUCAUGGAGGCUGGGUUCUCUUGUGAAGACAUGUUCAAAAUGUGUUCGUUCGGUGGUCGUCGAUUCGAAUGUUGUAAAUACGCCACUCCGAUAUUCUCGGAUCUCGGAAAAUGUUUUACUUUAAAUGUUCAAGACAGUGAUAAACCAUGGAUGAAAAUGCAAACAGAACCAGGAAUCGCAGCUGGAUUACAAAUAAUUCUAGAUUCUCAUCUCGAGGAACAAUUCGAUUCUGAAACCGAUGGCGUUACUCCUGUAUUCUCAAGUGCAUUUGAGAAUGGAUUCCGAUAUUACGUGCAUCCAUCUGAAGAAAUUCCAUUUUUGUCUUCCGAGGGAAUUGCGGUUUCUCCAGAUACUGUAGUGUAUUCUGCACUCUCCAGUUCCAAAUAUAUUUUAUUAUCAUCUAGUUCCUGGGGAAACUGUUCGGAUCAUUGGCCACCUGGAUAUAAUUACAACUUUUCGUAUAGUUCUGCAAUGUGUUCUACUGUAUGCAAAGCUCAAUACUUUCAAAAAAUAUGCGGAUGCUCUCCUUCAAUUUAUAAUCAUUUGAACAAAUUCAACGAUUGUACUCCAUACGAAACAUAUAGAUGUAUGGAUACAAAAAUGAAGAAGGUUGUGAAUCAGACGACGUUGAACAUCGAAAUGCCAACCUGUGAAGAGUGUCGAGUGGAAUGUAAAAGUCAAGUCUAUCAUUCGUUCAAUUCGUAUGGAAAAGGGUUAUCAAGAGGAGCAUUGAUGUGGUUGAGCAAGCAAAAAGGAUGGAGGAUAAAUCAUAUGAAAACGAACUUCCAAGUAGUGAAUGUCUUCUUCCGGGAUAUGUCCUACACAGAAUACAUCCAAAAACGAGGAAUGUCUCUGACGGAACUUCUUUCUGAUAUCGGAGGAAACAUGGGAAUGUUCAUGGGAAUGUCUGUGUUCACUAUCAUUGAACUUUCUCUAUUUUUAUCUAAAAUUGGAUGGAUCGCGAUUUCAAGAAAAAGAAGAGACUAUAUGUAUUCGAAGAAAAAGAACGAAGAGAUGCACGAGAAAGAAUUAGAAGAUGUUGUUACUGGAUUCAAGCUGUUCCGGACUAGAAAAUCAGGAAACGAUAUGAGUCAUCUGAGAGAAAAAAUCAAGGGGCUAUCAAUGCAUCGAGUGACGUCAGAACAAUUGAAUGUUUGUAAAUUAGCAUGGGAAAACGAACCAGAUAUUGAGAGGCGAUUGGCGACUGUAACUAGACAAAAUUCUGCAUUGAAAGAGCAUAAAGAAUCAAAUGUUCUUCCAUUUGAUCUAAAAGAAAUCAAGGAUCAGACAUCACGUGGUAGAUCUGCUUCCAUGUUUCGAAGUAGAAGGAGUCGAUCAGAAACUGCACCACCUGCCAUUCAUGAAGCAUAA